AUGACUAGAACUUCCGUUUUGGCUGACGCCUUGAAUGCUAUCAACAACGCCGAAAAGACCGGCAAGAGACAAGUGAUGAUCAGACCCUCGUCGAAGGUGAUCAUCAAGUUCUUGACGGUGAUGCAAAAGCACGGCUACAUCGGCGAGUUCGAAUACAUCGACGACCACAGAUCGGGCAAGAUUGUCGUUCAGUUGAACGGCAGAUUGAACAAGUGUGGUGUCAUCUCCCCCAGAUUCAACGUCAAGAUCGGCGACAUCGAAAGAUGGACCGACAACUUGUUGCCUGCCCGUCAAUUCGGUUAUGUCAUCUUGACCACUUCUGCCGGGAUCAUGGACCACGAAGAGGCGAGAAGAAAGCACGUCUCGGGUAAGAUUUUGGGUUUCGUUUACUAG